GCUCUACUAACUGAUGUUGCUAUAGAACUCGUUAUUUUUCGUUUUUAAAAAAGAUAAACACAAUUUUUGAGAAGCUAUGACUGAUCGAUUAAACGUGUGCAUUAUUGGCUCUGGCAACUGGGCCACGACUAUUGCACGGAAUGUGGGCAUCAAUGUGGCCAAUUCCCAGUUGAUGGAACCUAAGGUAAAUAUGUACGUAUACGAGGAGUACAUCGAUGGCCGAAAAUUAACAGAGAUUAUCAAUACCACGCAUAUCAAUGUCAAAUAUAUGCCAAACUUUGUACUGCCGCCGAAUGUGUUUGCAUUGGAUGAUGUGGUAACAACAGCACGUGAUGCUGACAUUCUGAUCUUUGCCAUACCACCAACAUUUGUGAGCAGCUGCUGCAAAACUCUUCUGGGCAAGGUGAAGCCCCUGGCUCAUGCAGUCUCUCUUAUAAAGGGAUUUGAGCGCGGUGACGACGGUCAAAUCCUUUUGAUAUCUCAUCUUAUAAUGCGACAGUUGAAGAUACCCUGCUCGGUGCUAGUAGGCUGCAAUCUGGCUCAUGAGAUUUCCAAUGACAAUUUUGCAGAGGGCACGAUCGGCUGCCGGGAUCAGAAAUAUAUGCGCAUACUGCAGGACAUAUUCAAAUCGGCAACGUUUCGUGUGGUCGUCACAGAUGAUGCUGACUGUGUCGAAAUCUGUUCCUCUCUAAGGAAUGUCAUUGCUUUUGGCGCUGGCUGUGCAGAUGGGAUGGAUUUAAAUGAGAACACCAAAGCUGGUAUUAUAAGACGUGGGUUUCUGGAGAUUUUACAAUUUGUGGAUGUGUUUUAUCCAGGCAGUCGCUUGGCCACUUUCUUUGAAUCGUGCGGUUUGUCGGAUCUAGUUACCAGCUGCUAUUCCAAUCGCAAUCGCAAACUGGCUGAGGCUUUUGUCAAAACUGGGCAACCAUUAAGCGAACUGGAGCACAUUCUCGUUCCAGGACAUGAACCUUUGGGUCCCAUUACCUCCGAGCUGGUACAUAUUAUGCUUAAAAAGAAAGGACUUGAAGACAAAUUUCCACUUUUCACCACUAUUUAUCGCAUAUGCACAGGCGUUUAUCCACUUUCUCGCUUGGUGGAAACUCUGCGCUUUGCGCGCGAGGACAUCUAUCAUCCCAAUCACAUUUUCCAGCUGUAAAAAUUUAAGCUUGUCCGAUGAAAAUUCCCGUGUAUAUUUUUUGUUAAUGACAAGCGUCAAUAAAACAGAAAUUCACUUCAUUUGAUAGAUGAUAUCCAAACAAUAGCGGAAUUCAGCCCAUAUUUUAGAGCAAUUGCUGGGGAUACUCGAACUCUGUAUGCAAAAUGAGGAACAAUGCCAAUGAACUGACAAAUAUGUAUGCAACGCUUCCUGGCAAGACUGAAUGCAUAACUCGGUGCGAGUAUUCCAAACAAAAGCCAUGUACUACAUUUUAUUGUUGUGCGUCUUUUCUUUGGGGUUCAAGUAUUCCUUGCGGAAAGUGCACUCCAUUGAAUGCACAGGCGCUCGAAGCACUUGCAGGCAACUCUCUGAGCACGACUGCUGAACUACAACGGAAAUCACUUCACUCAUAAAUGCGUAAAGCAAAAUGGUUAAAAGGGGGUGAAGAACGAAAGAAGGAAGAAAAACCACAGUGCUAUUGUUUCUCAACUAUGUAUCGAAUAGUUUUUGGUAUUGUUUAGGUUGGGUGCUUCAAUGGAAAAUGUGGAAAAUGGGAACACCAGCUGAGGGUUGUAAUCUCUAAAAAGGCAGCUGGUGAGCUGCUUGCCUCAGGCUAUCCAUAGAUCUAAAUGAAUGACCCAUAUGCUCGGUUAUCAUAAGCUAAGCUGCUCUUGGCUAGGGCUCAUCCAUUUUUAGUAUUUCAAUAAUUUCAUCUAAUUCCAAAACUUUGUGCUUAACUGAUUUCAUAAUUCCUGGGCAUUAACAAUAAAUAUUAUAUGAGUCAUAGUACAAUUGCAAAACAAUC